AUGUCGGCCGUCCAUUCACGAAACCCCUCUGCAUUCUCCCAGUCCACCCGAAGUAACUCUUCUCAAUCCCGAAACACAUCAGCUUCAACUACCUCGUCAACAUUUUCAAUGAGUGUUGGUAGUGGUAUUCGACCACCCGCCGUUCGCCCAACAUCGAGCCUUGCCCGCGCGAAGUCAACCCUUGCGAAAGAGAGAGGAAUGGGAUUGGUCGACUCGAGGCCCGCUACAUCACUGGGAACUCGUGGAGGAAGUCAGGAUGGACCCAAUAACAAACGUAUGGUUACAAUUUCUGAUCCCCUUCUGAGAUUUGCUGCCCCUGCCCCAUUGAGGAACACAACCGUGCAUGUCCACAAGCGAAGUGACCGAAACGUUUCUCCCACGAAAAGAUUCGGCCAACCCGUGCGACCGCCACCCAUAAGGCGUGAGACGUCACGAACUGUGUCAAUAACUGCCCGCAUGGCCGAGCUUUCAUUGCGUCCCGAAACUCCCAAGGCAAGACCAGCUCGACCAGACAGUCCUUCGAGGCUGCCUCGACCGUCACCAUCACCAGCACCUAAAACUCCUCCGAUGAAACCCCCUUUCAUCCCACAACCAUGGCCAAAAGACCCAUUUACAUCCCCUCGUAAAGCUGGAGGCCCAAAACUAACCAAAUUUUCCGAUUUAGAAGCCUGGGAUCCCGAGGAACAGUACAACAACAUGGAGAGAAUGUAUGAAGACGUUUGCACGCACUACAAGCAAGCAGUGGAAGACAACGUCGAGACAAAAGAAAUCAACACUGCCUACAGAACAACGAUUGCGAAUCUCGAACAGGAACGGAAAGACUUCACAGAAUCCAUGAUCACCCUGAGAUGCGAAUUGGAGAAAACCAAGUUUCAGCUCGAAGCCGCGGAACGAUCAAGUCACGAUCUCAAACGGGACUUUGAGGAAGAGGAAGAAGGUCUGAAAAGAGAACAUAGGGUCGAAGCCGAGACUAUGCGUCAGGCGCAUCGAGACGAUAUGGAGCGGCUCAAGGCCGACAAUCGAGAGGAGAUGCGAGAGCUGAAACGCAGGCUAGAAGACGAGCUCGAACAUGAACGAACCCAAAGAUUGCAGGCAUUGAGUCAGGUGUCCACGCAAGGAGCACUUGAGAAACAAAGACAUAUCAUGGACCUGGAAACUAAAGAGCAGGAGCUGAGGAUCAUUUCAAGCGAGGUUGAACGACUCAAAGCCGACCUUGAAAGAGAGAAGAUGCUCAACGAUGAGCUGCGUCAAAGUCUUAGCUCAGCCGGAAAUAACGCUGUUGCUAUGGAAGGCGCUCGUCAAGCACUACAAGCUAAGAUCGAAUUUCUCGAAUCAGACAGCAAAUCCCAGUCCGAAGCGUAUGCAGAUAUGGAGAAGAGGAUGACUGAGGCUCUAGAGAAGGCAGUGGAGUGCGAAGAGAAACUUCGGAAGGAAGAAAUGCUUCGUCGAAAGCUACACAACCAAGUACAAGAACUGAAGGGCAACAUUCGCGUGUUCUGCCGUGUUCGACCAACAAAUGGGGAUGAUAACGAGGAAACAGCCAAGUUCACAUUCCCCGAAUGUGAUGAGGAGUUGAAAGACAUCGAAGUCAAGGGUCCCGAAGAGACCAACAGUCUUGGGAAGGUCACAACAAAGACUUAUCCGUUCUCUUUCGACCGGGUGUUCGAUCCAUCAAGCAACAAUGCUGAGAUCUUCGAAGAGAUCAGUCAACUCAUCCAGUCCGCGCUGGACGGAUACAAUGUUUGCAUCUUUGCCUAUGGCCAGACAGGAUCAGGAAAGACAUAUACAAUGUCGUCUGAUGACGGUAUGAUCCCUCUUGCCCUGAGGCAAAUUUACAGCACAAGCAAGGAACUUGGAAGCAGAGGGUGGACCUAUACAAUGAAGGGCAGCUUCGUGGAAGUUUACAAUGAGGAGCUGAGAGACUUGCUCGGCAAAGAUGGCGACAACGAGAAAGGAGCCAAGAAGCACGAGAUUCGUCACGACAUGGCGACUUGCGAAACGACUAUAACAGAUGUGACCACUCUCAGCCUGGACAAUCAAGAGCGAGUGGAAGGUAUACUAUCUCAAGCGAUGUCACGGAGGUCCGUCGCCGCAACAAAGGCCAAUGAGCGGAGUAGUCGAAGCCAUUCCGUGUUCAUUCUCAAGCUAUCCGGGCACAACUCCAUCACAGGCAAAUCCUGCAAAGGUACGCUCAACCUGGUCGACCUGGCUGGCUCUGAACGUUUGUCACAUUCCAAAGUUGAAGGCGCUCGCCUGAAAGAGACGCAAAACAUCAACAAGUCGUUGUCGUGCCUUGGUGAUGUGAUUGGGGCCUUGGGCCAGCAACAGGUGGCCGGGGGUGUCAGCGGCAGAGAGAGUGUCAAUGGGACGUCAGCCUCUGCUGGAGCACAUAUCCCGUACCGCAACAGCAAGCUGACGUAUCUCCUGCAAUUCAGUCUGGGAGGCAAUAGUAAGACGUUGAUGUUUGUGAUGGUUGCACCGGAGAAAAAGUGUCUUUCGAAAACGAUCACCAGUCUCAAGUUCGCUGACAAAGUGAGCCGGACCAGGAUUGGAGUUGCGAGAAGAACAAGUGGAAAGUGA